AAUAAUUCCCCAAAAAAAUGAAAAACACAAAACCCUAAACCCUAAAGAAGCUGCCUUUUAGUGGUAGUUCUAGAGUCUUCUCCUUUUCAUUAGAAAAACACUCUCCAUUCUUCACCCGCCCCUUCACUCCUCUAAACCCAUCACACAUUCUUCCUCUCUCACCCUCUCCACUCUCAAUUCAUCCAUUUUCAUUUCAAACUCCAAAACCUCUGCAAAUUAAUACCCAUCACCAUGUACCGUUUUGCCUCCAAUCUUGCUUCCAAAGCUCGGAUUGCUAGAAAUGGCACCCAUCAGGUUGGAAAUAGACUGAGCUGGAGCAGAAAUUAUGCUGCUAAAGACAUUAAAUUUGGAGUGGAAGCUAGAGCUUUAAUGCUUAAGGGUGUUGAAGAGCUUGCAGAAGCUGUUAAAGUUACCAUGGGUCCUAAGGGGCGUAAUGUGGUUAUCGAACAAAGCUUUGGUGCUCCUAAAGUGACGAAGGAUGGUGUUACUGUAGCAAAGAGCAUUGAGUUCAAAGAUAAAGUCAAGAAUAUUGGUGCUAGCCUUGUGAAGCAGGUUGCUAAUGCAACUAAUGAUGUUGCAGGCGAUGGAACCACUUGUGCUACAGUUCUCACUCGAGCAAUCUUCACAGAAGGAUGCAAGUCAGUUGCAGCAGGAAUGAAUGCAAUGGACCUGCGACGUGGUAUAAGCAUGGCUGUUGAUGCUGUUGUUACCAACUUGAAGAGCAGAGCACGAAUGAUCAGCACAUCUGAAGAAAUUGCUCAAGUUGGUACCAUCUCUGCAAAUGGGGAGAGAGAAAUUGGGGAGCUAAUUGCCAAGGCCAUGGAGAAGGUCGGCAAAGAGGGAGUUAUUACAAUCCAAGAUGGUAAGACAUUGUAUAAUGAAUUGGAAGUAGUUGAGGGAAUGAAGCUUGACAGGGGUUACAUAUCCCCCUAUUUCAUCACAAAUCAGAAAAACCAAAAAUGUGAAUUGGACGAUCCUCUAAUUCUGAUCCAUGAGAAAAAGAUCUCCAGUAUAAAUGCUGUGGUGAAAGUAUUAGAGUUGGCUUUGAAGAGGCAAAGACCCUUGUUAAUAGUUUCUGAAGAUGUGGAAAGUGAAGCAUUGGCAACUCUUAUUCUGAACAAGCUUCGUGCAGGAAUCAAGGUCUGCGCCAUAAAAGCUCCUGGUUUUGGAGAGAACAGGAAGGCUGGACUGCAAGAUCUUGCUGUCCUCACUGGGGGUCAGAUCAUAACUGAAGAACUUGGCCUCAAUCUUGAAAAAGUUGAUCUAGACAUGCUUGGAAGUUGCAAGAAGGUUACAGUCUCGAAGGAUGAUACCGUCAUUCUUGAUGGUGCUGGUGAGAAAAAGGACAUCGAGGAGAGGUGUGAGCAGAUAAGGUCUACAAUAGAAUUAAGCACCUCCGACUACGAUAAAGAGAAGUUGCAAGAAAGAUUGGCCAAGCUUUCUGGUGGCGUUGCUGUACUCAAGAUUGGAGGAGCUAGUGAAGCUGAAGUUAGUGAGAAGAAAGAUAGGGUUACAGAUGCUCUAAAUGCAACAAAGGCAGCUGUAGAAGAGGGUAUUGUGGCAGGUGGUGGUGCUGCUCUUCUUUAUGCCAGCAAAGAGCUGGAUAAGUUGCCGACAGCCAACUUUGACCAGAAAAUUGGGGUCCAAGUCAUUCAGAAUGCUCUGAAGACUCCAGUACAUACAAUUGCAAGUAAUGCAGGAGUAGAAGGAGCAGUGGUUGUCGGUAAGCUGUUAGAGCAGGAUAAUCAUGAUCUUGGUUACGAUGCUGCCAAAGGUGAAUACGUCGAUAUGGUGAAAGCGGGGAUUAUUGACCCAUUGAAAGUGAUUAGAACUGCUUUAGUUGAUGCAGCAAGUGUGUCAUCAUUGAUGACAACAACUGAAGCUGUCGUUUAUGAACUUCCAAAGGAUGAGAAGGACUCUCCAGCGAUGCCUGGCAUGGGCGGCAUGGAUUACUGAUCGUAAAGCUCGGGGCGGCGGCCAUAGUAUAGACGUGAAAUUGACCAAAAUCUGCAGAGAAGUGGCAUUUUUCUUUCUUUUUUGGUUUGAGUUAUUAUUGUUCAAGUUUCAAAGGCAUCCAUGUAAUCAAAAUGAGAUCGAUUGUAGGUUGGUAGUUUUGGGGACUAUAGAAUUUAAGAAAACAAUCUUAAAUUGAUAAGAAUAUCAUAGCACUUUUAUAUCCCCUCAUAAUAACAACAAAGUUCAUCCUGCGAA